AUGUCAAAUAAUACUGGUCCAACCCAACCGAUACGGCGGAGCGACUUCAAGAUAGCAAUUGUCUGCGCCCUGCAAGUCGAAUACGACGCAGUCUGCCUGCUCGUUGACGAGUUCUGGGAUGAAGACUUUGGCCGAGCAGAGGGUGACCAGAACUUUUACACGGCGGGGUGUAUCGGCAAUCACAAUGUUGUCAUCAUCCUUCUCGAGAGCAUGGGCAAAAUCAGCGCUGCCAAGGCUGUUGCGAACAUGCGCGUGAGCUUCACUGCCAUCCAGCUGCUGCUGCUUGUUGGAAUCUGUGGCGGGGUUCCAUCAGGCCCACGGGGAGAGAUUCUGCUAGGCGAUGUCAUCAUUGGUGAUGAAGUGAAGCUCUACGACUACGGCAAGCGAUAUCCAGACGGAUUUCGACGCUCACAAGACCUUGGAUACAACACAAGCAACUUCAGUAGGGGUGUUCGUGGCUUGCUGGGUGUGAUACAGACAGACAGGGGCACGCGGUCGUUUGAGGAUCGGAUAAGCCAUCAUCUGCAACACCUCCAGGAAGUGGCCAGCAGCCAGAACAUUGCAAAGUACGCUUAUCCAGGAGCAGCAGAGGACAGAUUGUUUGCUUCUGAAUAUCGCCACAAACAUCAUCAACGUGCACCAUGUAUUUGCCGCCGUUGUCUUACCGACUCAGACCCCAUAUGUGAAGAAGCGAUCAAGGCUUCAUGUCUUGAGACGAAUUGUGAUAUAAGAUACAUCAUUCCGAGAGAAAGAAUAGUCGCAAAGCAGAUGUUGGAACCAGAAAGAGCCAACGAGGCUCAGCGUCCAACUGUGCACUUUGGACGUCUUGCAUCAGCCGAUAUGGUCCUAAAGUCUGCAAAAGACCGUGAUGCGUUGAGCCAAGAGCUCCAGGUCAUUGGAUUUGAAAUGGAGGCCGCUGGGUUUUACAACGAGUUGCCAUACGUGGUGAUUAAGAGUGUUUGCGAUUACGCUGAUUCUCACAAGUCCAAGGCAUGGCAGCCAUUCGCGGCAGCAACGGCUGCAUCUGCUUGCAAAUCACUAUUGGAACGCCAUCACAGGACUGAUUCGAUUCCAAAAGAGAUCUCUAUAGAUGAUGGAGCUAGCAAAGAGGAUCAUGCACAUACAACUACUUGCGUUAUCCCAUUGCUCAAGAACGAGCGGUUUGUCGGCAGACAAGGCGUCUUGGAGAAGCUCAAAGAAAUGCUUUUUUACAAACAAAGCUUCAGCCGGGCUGCACUGGUAGGAUUAGGUGGUAUGGGCAAAACACAAGUCGCCCUACAGCUUGCAUACUUGAUGAAAGAUGUGUUGCGAGACGAGGGUGGUAGGGAAUGUUCAGUUCUUUGGAUUCCCGCUCUAAGUGUUGCGACAUUCGAACAAGCCUGUACUGACAUCGCGAGACACAUACCUCAAUCAAACAAAACAGGAAAAGAUGAUAAGCUAAUUGUCAAAGAAUAUUUUAGUACAGAAGCGGCUGGCAGGUGGCUUCUCGUCCUAGACAACGCAGAUGAUCACGACCUCAUAUUCGGACACAGUUCAGCGCCUGGAGGCCUCUUACAGUAUCUACCUCGAAGCGACUUGGGCUGUAUUUUAGCCACCACUCGUGAUCGUGGAGUUGCCGUUGGUUUUGCUGAAACUAAUGUCGUCAUGUUGUCGGAAAUGGGCAUGGAUGAAGCAGAAACCUUUUUCCAAAGGUCAUUGAUCAAUAAUGACUUUGUCGGUGUGGAUGAGGACAUCAAGUCAUUGCUCGAAUUCCUCGAAAGGAUCCCACUGGCAAUCGCCCAAGCAGUGGCAUACAUAAAUGUCAACCAAGUCACAAUCCGAGAGUUUCUUAGUCUCCUGCAGGGUGUUCCGUAUGACCAAAUCAGUAUCUUGAGUCGGCACUUUCGAGACUCGACGCGAUAUCAAGAAUCCCAGAAUGCGAUUGCCUUGACAUGGCUGGCAUCAUUUGAGAAAAUCACUCAAACAGACCCAAUAGCAGCAAAACUGCUAGCAUUCAUCUCCUACAUCGAGCCCAAAAGCAUACCGAGAUCUCUGCUCCCUGAAGGAGAGUCUCGGGAGGAGUUUCUGCAUGCUAUGGGUACUUUGCUCGGCUACGGGUUUCUAACCCUACAACGGGAGGACUUCUACGACAUGCACAGGCUUGUGCAUAUAGCUGCUACUGUAUGGGCAAGAGAAAGAUUUACAGCCACCAUGAACCCGAAUCUUGCCUUGGAGCAUGUUGCCUCGGUCUUCCUGGGUCCUCAAUACAACCGCCGCGAGAAAUGGAUAACGUAUAUUCCGCAUAUACUGGGGAUUUUGCAGGACAAUUUCAGCUUUGAAAAUGAGAGCUCUCUCAUUCUAGCCUGUCGUGUAGGGCAAUGCAUGAUAGUGGAAGGAAUGACCCGUAUGGCUGUGUCGAUGCUGGAGAACCUGGUGGCUUACACGGAGCUGCGGGGUGACAAGGACCUAAUCCGUCAAGCAUCUCAACAUGAGCUUGCGAGAGCCUACUAUUUUGAUAGGCAACAUGAAAAAGCCAAGUCAAUACUGGAAAGUGUGGUGGCUAUACGAGAGCAAGUCCUCGGGGGAGAGCACGAAGAAACAAUAAGGUCACAAGAUGUCCUUGCAAAGGUAUACCGCGAACUUGGAAAAUACAAGGAGGCAAUACCAAUACUCGAAUGCGUGGUGGCGGUUCGGAGACGGACCUUGGGUGAAGAGCAUCAGGAAACAAUAGGGUCACAGCAUGCUCUUGCGAAGGCGUAUCGCCAAGAUGGACGAUUAAACGAAGCAAAAUUGAUGUUGGAGCACGUGGUGGCUUUUCGAGAAAGGAUCUUUGGAGAAGACCACCCGUUUCUCCUAGUAUCGCAGUUUGAGCUGGCAAAGGUCUAUAAGCAUGGAGACCAGAUGGACACCACGAAGGCAUUUUCGAUACUGGAGCGGCUGGUGGUCAGGGGGAUGAGGACCGAUAGCAUGAAUGAUUCGUUUUAUCUGAGCUCACUACACGAGCUCGCAAGCUUGCACUAUGCAAACGGCCAGACGGACAAGGCGAUGCUGCUGCUGGAGUAUGUCGUGACGAUGCACAGGAGGAUAUACCCCGAAGAUGAUUACCGCCGUGUGCGGUCCGAGAAGAAUCUUGCGCAGAUGUACAGGUCUUUGGAAAAGAGGGCACAGCAUCUAUUGCCACAGUGCGUGCAAAGGGAGGUUAUAGGAGAUGCGGCCACAGAACAAACAGUCACAGAUAAAGGGGACUGA